CUCUUCACUUCUUGCGUAGCACCCACAACAUUUUUUUUUCCUCGAUUUGUUGAUCUGCCGCUGGUCUCAAUCUCUCUCCAAAGAUUAGAGAGAGAGAGAGGUGUUGAAAAAGCCCGAAGCUUUUUUUUUUCCCCUUUCUAUUUUCCAUAUGGGGUUACAGUGAAAAUCCCGAGAUGUGUUGAGCAGAAGAGUUGGGAAUCUCCAGUUGAUUUUGUCGGUAGGGUUUUUGAAUUUCGAUUGCUCCGAGAAGGGCUUAACUUACGGAGAUGAGUGGGUGUCUCCCGUGUUUCGGAUCUUCGACGAAGGACGCUGCUGCGAAAGAAUCGGCGAAGAAGGACGCUUCGGCUAAAGACGGCUCCGUCACUCAGUCCCACUACGUCAGCUCAGACAAAUCGAAAUCUAAAGGUGGGUCUGAACACAAGAAGGAUGCAACAACGGCUCCAAAGGACGGGCCACCAGCAAAUAUAGCUGCACAGACAUUUACUUUCCGAGAGUUGGCUUCUGCCACUCAGAACUUUAGACCGGAAUGCCUUCUCGGUGAAGGAGGAUUUGGACGUGUUUACAAGGGCCGUCUCGAUAGCACAGGACAGAUAGUUGCGGUUAAACAGCUAGACCGGAAUGGCCUACAAGGAAACAGAGAGUUUCUGGUGGAGGUUCUAAUGCUGAGUCUCCUGCACCAUCCUAAUCUCGUGAAUUUGAUUGGUUAUUGCGCUGAUGGUGACCAACGUCUCCUCGUUUACGAGUACAUGCCUCUGGGAUCAUUGGAGGAUCAUCUCCAUGAUCUUCCUCCGGAUAGAGAGCCUCUAGAUUGGAAUACGAGGAUGAAGAUAGCCGCAGGAGCAGCAAAAGGACUGGAGUACCUUCACGACAAAGCGAACCCUCCUGUGAUCUACCGGGAUUUGAAGUCAUCUAACAUACUUCUUGGGGAAGGAUAUCACCCGAAGUUAUCUGAUUUCGGGCUGGCCAAAUUGGGGCCUGUCGGCGAUAAAACCCACGUCUCAACCCGUGUGAUGGGCACUUAUGGUUAUUGCGCCCCGGAAUAUGCCAUGACUGGCCAACUCACCCUGAAGUCGGAUGUCUAUAGCUUUGGUGUCGUCUUUCUUGAGCUCAUCACGGGUCGGAAGGCCAUUGAUAAUACCCGAGCACCAGGAGAACACAACCUCGUUGCAUGGGCGAGGCCAUUGUUCAAGGACAGGAGGAAGUUCCCGAAGAUGGCAGACCCAUUGCUGCAAGGGCGAUACCCGAUGCGUGGUCUAUAUCAGGCACUGGCGGUUGCGGCAAUGUGCUUGCAAGAGCAAGCGGCCACGAGGCCACUCAUAGGCGAUGUGGUGACGGCUCUGACCUACUUAGCUUCCCAAACGUAUGAUCCGAAUUCUCCAAGUGCUCAGAGCAGCAGAGGAGGCCAAGGAGGCCAGCCCUCGAUCAGGACAGCGAGGGAUGACCGGAGGAGCACGGGGGACGGCAGCAGCCUCGACAGCCCGGCUAGCACACGCAGCCGCCUGGGCUCACCUGCCACCCACAGAAACUCUCCGGACUACAGGAGACGGGAUGCGAGCAUGGGCUCGGAGCUCGGGAGGAGCGAGACGGGAGGCGGGUCGGGGAGGAAAUGGGGGUUAGGCGACAUGGAAGGGCCGGAGUCGCAGAGAGACAGUCCGGUGAGCGUGGGGAGGGGGAGGAACAGGGAUUUGGACAGAGAGAGGGCGGUGGCAGAGGCAAAGGUGUGGGGAGAGAACUGGAGGGAGAGGAAGAGAGCGAGCAAUGCAGCGAGUUUCGACAGCACAAACGAGUGAAAUGGCCACUUGGGUAUGGAAAACAAGAGGAAGGAGAUGGCGGAGAAAGAGGCUUUCACAGAGAGAGGAGAGAGGGUCUAAAAGGCUGAAGAAAGAGCCUUUGAAAGAGAAGGGUCGUUGGAGAUGGGUCUACGAAAGGGAAUAAGAAUGUAUGAACUGUUUUGUCUGGUCGGGUCAGUUGGGUUGUCAGGAUCUGUCGGAGUCAGAUGUCAGAGCCGUAGUAAGAGAGAUUCUUCAACACUGUGGUUGAAGCUGCAGAAGGAAACAGAGCGAAGCAUGGGAUUUGGGUGAGAGAGAGAGCAAGUGCAAAAGGUCAAAGCUUUCUUCAGAGUUUUUUUUUUCCUUCUUUUUAUGGGGAUUGUGUAUGUAAUCAGGGAGAGAGACUGUCUUUUUUUUUUUUUAGUAAUUUUUAUGGUUUUUGUAUUAUUUUUUUUCCUGUUUCCUGAGUCUCUGUAUGGAUUGGAGUCUCUCAAGAAAAAAGAAAAAAAAAAGUGUUUAUUGUCGUCUA